AAAAUUGCUGCAAAAAACAGUUGAAAAGUGGAAGCAGCCAUUUGCUGCUUUUAAAAACCGGUUUUUUAUCUUAGAAACACGAUGAACAGUAAUGUUUAAUGAAAGUUUGCAAAUGCCAAUCCUACCCUCACCUCUCGCGUCUUCCUUGCUCUGUCGUCUCACUGGUUGUCUCCCUCCCGUCUCAUUCGUUCACUCCCAACUCGUCGCCCCAAACCCAAUCCCCAACCUCAAACUUCAUUCACAGCUUAAUCUUUGAACUUACUCCAGUUUUUUUUUAUAGUAGUGCAACAAAUGCAGGAGAGCAUUCACACAGUCAAAUCCUCUGCCUCGCGGUCGUCGACUCCUCAAAGCUCACAGCCUCACUUGGCCAUGGAGUUAGCAAAAGAGCUGCGUGAGAUUCGGACGCUACAGGGCCACACCGAUAGGGUAUGGAGCCUCGCCUGGAAUCCAGCCACUGGUGUCGCCGGAAUCCCCCUUUCCUUCCCUUCUCUUCCUGCAGCGGCGAUAAGACCGUUUGUAUUUGGGAACAAAACCCCUCCACUUCUUCUUGGGACUGUAAGGCAGUUCUGGAUGAAACGCACACCAGAACCGUCCGAUCGUGCGCUUGGUCCCCAUCUGGGAAUUUAUUGGCCACUGCAAGAUUCGAUGCCACCACUGCAAUUUGGGAAAAUGUUGGAGGCGAUUACGAAUGUGUUGUCAGUCUAGAGGAACCCAGCUGGCCCUGGGAGACUGGUAGAGACAUAAAGGAAGGAGGGAUUAUGGAAUGGUGUUUCAAGCAUCGUAUGAAAAAGGAUUGGAAAGGUGGAAUUUUGGUGCAUGAUGCUGACACAAAAGGAGAAAAGGACAAAGGUUUCUGAUGAUGCAUCCACACCAUAUAGAAAAGAAAAGAAAAAAUGAAUAAAUAAAUAAAUAAAAAUGGAAGGUUAUGGGUUGGUGCACGGCACUAUGUGAAUGAUUAAGAUUGCAAAGAUAAGUCUCACUAUUUUCUCCUCUCUUUUUCCUCUCUUUCUUUCUUUCUUCCUCUUCCUUCCUCUUUCUCUGCCGUAGGUCUCUCUACUUUGGUGUUGUGUGAGGUUUGUAUUUAUAUAGAAAAUAGCAAUCGUAGGAAGAAAGCUUUGGCAGACAGUGGAA